AUGUUCCGAGACUUCGGGGACCCGGGACCGAGCGCCGGGCCGGGCGGCGCGUACGGCGGCCCCCGGCACAGCCCCGCCGCGGCGCAGGUGGCCGGCCAGCAGAAGUUUCACCUCGUACCAAGUCUCAAUGCUGUGAGUGGCAGUCAGGAGCUGCAGUGGAUGGUCCAGCCUCACUUCCUGGGCCAGAGCAGCUACUCUCGGUCUCUGGGUUACACCCACUUCAGUGCCCCCCAGCCGAGGCCAGGAGUCAUCCGGACCCUGGGGCCUCCUCCAGGAGCAAGGCGCCGGCCCUGUGACCAGAUCAGUCCCGAGGAGGAGGAACGCCGCCGAGUGAGACGUGAGCGAAACAAGCUGGCCGCUGCCAAGUGCCGGAACCGAAGGAAGGAACUGACCGACUUCCUGCAAGCUGAGACUGACAAACUGGAGGAUGAGAAGUCCGGGCUGCAGCGAGAGAUUGAAGAGCUGCAGAAGCAGAAGGAGCGCCUGGAGCUCGUGCUGGAAGCCCACCGCCCCAUCUGCAAAAUUCCAGAACAGGCUGAGGAGAGCGGCGCAGAGGGCACGAGCGGCACAGGCGGUGCCAGCAGCCCGGCCGCCUCCUCUCGCCCUGUGCCUUGUAUCUCCCUUUCUCCAGGGCCUGUGCUUGAACCUGAGGCGCUGCACACCCCCACACUCAUGACCACGCCCUCCCUGACCCCAUUCACCCCCAGCCUGGUCUUCACCUACCCCAGCACCCCCGAGCCCUGCUCCUCUGCCCACCGCAGAAGUAGCAGCAGCAGUGGGGACCCGUCUUCUGACCCUCUUGGCUCCCCUACCCUCCUUGCUUUGUGA